AUGGGGGCCAGAUACCCCCCCAGGGAGGUCUGGAAGAGGCAGUCCCACACCAUCACAGGGGCCAAAGGCAUGGACAUUCAGAUAGCCCUUUAUUGGCCAGAGCACAAAGCUCCACUUGCCCAGUGCUGGGCAGAUUGGUGCAGGUGGGGUUUUGAGGUUCAGCUGGGAUUCUCUGCCACCCGGUCCCAACAUCCUUGUGAGAUUCGGAGAUUGAAGGUUGGGCAUCGAGACCAUCAAGGCUCUCGGCUGCGGGGGCGCAAAGCCGGAGUUCGGGGCUGGCCUCGCUGGGCCGGCGGGCCUGGCAGCCCUAGUCGAGCUCAGAGCUGCGGCGGCGGUAGCGGCAGUAGCAGCGGCACCAGCAGCAGCGGCACUAGCAGAAGUAGCAACAACUCCAGCCGCUCCGUCUCCCCCCUUACUCCCCAGCCCGCGUGUACGGGGCCGUGCGGCCCCCCCGCCGCCCGCGCCACCCUGAAGUUCCUGGCGGUGCUGCUGGCCGCGGGCAUGCUGGCCUUCCUCGGUGCCAUCGUGUGCAUCAUCGCCAGCGUGCACCCGGCGGCCAGCCCGGCCCGGGCGCCCUCCGGGGCUGCCGCCGACAAUGACUCGAGCGCUGGAGCCGCGGCUCUGCUGCCCCCCGGGCCUGAGCAGAGCCUGAGCGCGCUGCACGGGCCCGGCAGCUCGGCCGGCCCCACGAGCUCCCCCUGCCCGGCGGCGGCGGCGAGCUGCUGGCCAGCGCCCCCACUGCAGCACCCGCUGCUCUUCAGCCGUUUCCUGUGCACCCCGCUGGCCGCCGAGUGCCCGACGUCGUCGGACGGGUCCGCGGUGCAGGGCGACGGGCCGGGCUCGGGCCAGCAGCAACAGCAGCAGCGGCAGCGCGAGGAGGAGCUGCUGGCCCUGCAGAGCACGGCGGAGCAGCUGCGGCAGACGGCGCUGCAGCAGAAGGCGCGGAUCCGAGCCGACCAGGAGGCCAUCCGCGAGCUCACGGGCAAGCUGGGCCGCUGCGAGAGCGGACUGCAGCUCCCCUUCCAGGACACGGCGCCCCCGGGCCGCCAGGACACCAUGAGCGACGGCCCCGCCUGGGACUCCCCGGCCGUGGUCCGCGAGCUGGAGGAGGCCGUGCGCGCCCUCAAGGAGAGGAUCGAGAAGAUCGAGCAGGAGCUCCCAGUCCAUGGAAACGUUUCAGCCACCACAGCCCGGCCUGUCCCAGCUCAGGACCCCCUCCAUACCCAGAUGGAGACCCUGGAGGCUCAGCUGCUGUCCAAGGUCAUGGCCCUGGAGAAGGAGCGCUCAUCUCUGAGCAGCAGCAGCCACAAGCAGCAGCAGGCAGUAGAGAAGGAGCUGAGCGCUUUGCAGGACCGGGUGGCGGAGCUGGAACAUGGGGCAUCAGCCUACAGCCCCCCAGAUGCCUUCAAGAUCAACAUCCCAGUGAAGAAUAAUUACAUGUAUGCCCGUGUGCGCAGGACCCUGCCAGAGCUUUAUGCCUUUACCAUCUGCAUGUGGCUGAAGUCCAAGUCUGGGGGGAUGGGGAUAGGCACACCCUUCUCCUACUCAGUGCCUGGCCAGUCCAAUGAGAUGGUGCUGCUGGAGGCAGGGCAUGACCCCAUGGAGAUGCUCAUCAAUGACAAGGUGGCCCAGCUACCACUGAAUCUGAAGGAUGGGCGUUGGCAUCACAUCUGCAUUGCAUGGACCACGAGGGAUGGCCUGUGGUCAGCCUACCAGGAUGGCCAGCUGCGUGGAUCCAGUGAUAACCUGGCUGCCUGGCAUCCCAUUAAACCCCAUGGGGUCAUCAUCCUGGGGCAGGAACAGGACACACUGGGCGGCCGGUUUGACGCCACCCAGGCUUUUGUGGGUGAGAUUGCCCAGUUCAGCCUGUGGGAUCACAUCCUGACGCCGGCCCAGAUCCUGGGCAUUGCCAACUGCACCUCCCCCCUGUUGGGCAACAUCAUCCCCUGGGAUGACAAGUUGGUGGAGGCUUUUGGGGGUGCGGCCAAGAUGCCUUUUGACUCCUGCAAGAGCAAGGCCAAGGCCAAGGCCAAGGUGUGAGGCCUGGAGGAGGGCCCGUAGCCCCAGCCUCCCCCUCCUCCUUCCUAGGCCAUUCCCCAGAGGAGCACAAGGCGGGCAGCAUCCCUUCCCUUCACCCCACCCCCAGCCCUCCUUCACCCAUCCCUGCUUCCCUCCCUCUCCCUCCUCCACUCUACCACGUUCUCCAGGUAAUGAGGACAGACAUCUGGUGAUCCUCAGCAGCUGUGGCUUGUUCUGUCAAACGUAGGGUGAGUCCUGGGGAAAUGGGGGCAGGAGGAGGGGCAAUUAAAAAGCAUGGCAAUGCCUAGUGCCAGGCCCACUCAUCCUGGGCAUGUCUCUAACUAUCUCCACCUUAACAACUGACCAGAAAAGGGAACUUAGAGUCCAUCUACUCCAAGCCCCUCUCUUUUUACACAUGGGGAAACUGAGGUACAGAACAUUUAAGUGACUUGCUUGAGCUCUCACCACUCUAACAAAAGCAGAGAUGUAGAGAUGGAAGGGACCUUAGUGCCAGCGAUUGGGAUCUCUUCAUUUUACAGAUGUGGAAACUGAGGCCCAAACAGUUUAAUGACUUACUCAAGUUCAUCCCUCUGACAAAAUCAUGCAUCCUAAGAUCAUAGGGUCAGCUAGAUGGCUUAGUGGACAGAGCACUGGACCUGGAGUCAGGAAGACCUGAGUUCAAAAUUGACCUCAGAUACUUAC